AUGGAAGACUUUGAAGAACUAAAAGUUUCAGCUCUUACUAAAGUGGGGCACGUAGUUAAUAAUACCAGAAAAUGUGAUGAACAGAGUGAGACCCAAAAGGAAAAUAAACGUGAUACUGUGGAUUAUGUUACUUCUUUUGGUAUACCAGUACAUUGCAUGCUGAGGGAAGUAGAAAGACAACGACAAUCUAAAGUAAACAGUGCUAUACAAUCCCAAACUAAACCAAUAAGUGCUCCAGUACAACCAAAAGAGCAAGAGGCCCAAGAAAAGGUCACUAAAGAUAAAAAUGCCAUCAAAAUUGCAAAAUAUAUUAGUGUAACUAAUUUAAAAAUAUAUAGUGAAUUGAUAAACUUUAAAGAACAGUAUGCAGCAUCAUUACAAGACUUGGUAGAAGAUGUUUCUUUGAAACCAUUUAAAUUUGACUGCCAAAGAGCUAUUAAUAUUCCAGUAAAUGCAAUAUCAGCUGGAAAUACUGCCCAUCUUCAAGAUAAAUAUAAGCGGCUACACAAGUUGUUAUCUGGUGAAACAGUUACAGUGGCUGAAGGGAAAUUCAGUGCAGCAAAACAUCCAAAGGGCAUUAGAUUCUAUUUGGGCAAGUUGUUGUUGGCAUAUUUGUAUAAGGCCUGUCCCUAUUUGGUACCUUUCUAUGUGCCACAUAAUUCUGAAGAGUCAGAUGAGGAAUUUUAUAAAAACCGAGGAUAUCGGUAUAAUAAUGGACAAAUAGAGGAACAAGAAAAAUUUUUAAAAAGAAUGACAGGUAUGAUGCGACUUUAUGCAGCUCUACUCAUAACAUAUCCCAGAAAAGGACAGACUCAAAUACCUCAUAAUAUUAGAAAUGGAUGGAGAUGGCUUACAUCUAUACUUAAAAUGGAACCAGAAUUUGAUAUUACAGCCACUAUGCUUCACAAUUUCCUGGAAAAUGCUGGAUUUACUAUGGAACAAACAUAUGGAAACUCAUUUAAGAAGUUAAUGAGGAUUGUGAUAGAGAAGUUCUUACCUCUUUGCAGCAAAAAUAGCUCAGGAGGAGUUACAGCCCGUUUAGAAUUAUUAUUGACUGAAUACAAAAAAAAUGGACGAUUUGAAAAACCAAAUGGUUAUACACCAUGCGCCACUUGGUAG